AUGGCGACCAAGGCCGCAACCAAGCGGCUGACGCGUGAAUACCAAAACAUCCAAAAGAACCCCCCUCCUUAUAUUGUUGCUCAUCCUUCAGAGUCAAACAUUCUAGAGUGGCAUUAUAUCCUUACAGGUCCUCCACAGACACCGUAUGAAAAUGGCCAAUACUGGGGGACAUUGAUAUUCCCACCAGACUAUCCCUUUGCUCCGCCUGCUAUCCGCAUGCACACCCCCAGCGGUCGAUUCCAGCCCUCAUCCCGACUUUGUCUCAGUAUCAGCGAUUUCCACCCCAAGUCGUUUAACCCCGCCUGGGAGGUGUCGACCAUUCUGAUAGGACUGAUGUCCUUUAUGAAUAGCGAAGAAAUGACGACGGGCAGUGUGAGCGCAUCUGACGGGGAACGCAAACUGCUCGCAGCUCGUUCAAGAUGGUGGAAUUCGACCGGCGGGGGUUCUCAUGUCAAGUCGGUUCCGGGCGUGACUUCCACUAUCAAGGGCAUUGCAAAUAUCAAAGCGGGCGAUGGAGGCAAAAAGUUUCGAGCGGAGUGGGCGGAGUUGGACGAGGAGAACUGGACUUGGAUGAAGGAUAAUCAUAUCGAUAUCGCGACCGGUCAGGUCCUCCCCGACCCCAACGCCGCUACUACAAGCUGCUCCCCCGAAACCAGCGCACUACGUCGCCGUCCGGUCGGGAGCGCUGCCGGUUUGGGCGCGGUCAUGGAAGGGGGUCAGGUCGCGCGUGAUGUUGGCCAGAGCUGGUUCCGUCGACACAAGGUGUGGGUUGGAGUGUUGAUGGUUCUGGGAUACGCUCUGUUGGCACGACUGUUCGAUGACAUUCGUGCCUAG